UUUUGGACGGAAAAAAAUCACGGAUAAUUUCCGUGGGCUUGACAGAUCCGAGUCUUCACACUGAUCGUGGAUGUUAUCUGUUCCUCCGAGCAAGCCGCAUUGGUUGAUUAGCGACUGGACGCAGUGCAAAGCGAGAGCUGCUAAAUGAAGCAAUGGCGGGAGUUGCAGGAGGAAACGAUUUCCAGUGGUGUUUCUCUCAAGUUAAAGGAGCCAUAGAUGAAGAUGUUGCGGAAGCUGACAUCAUUUCAACGGUUGAAUUCAACUAUUCUGGAGAACUGCUUGCCACUGGAGACAAAGGCGGCAGAGUAGUGAUAUUUCAACAUGAACAGGAGUCGAAGAAUCGUCCACACUUGCGUGGGGAGUACAACGUCUAUAGCACUUUUCAGAGUCACGAGCCAGAGUUUGACUAUUUGAAAAGUUUAGAAAUCGAGGAAAAAAUAAAUAAAAUAAGAUGGCUACCCCAACACAACGCUGCACACUUUCUACUUUCAACAAAUGAUAAAACUAUCAAAUUGUGGAAAAUCAGUGAAAGAGAUAAACGGGCAGAAGGAUACAACCUGAAAGAUGAAGAUGGUCGACUCAGAGAUCCUUUUAGAAUCACCUCUUUACGGGUACCAGUACUGAUGCCAAUGGAUCUCAUGGUAGAAGCGAGCCCAAGGAGGAUCUUUGCAAAUGCACACACGUAUCACAUAAAUUCCAUUUCUGUAAAUAGCGAUCAUGAAACGUACCUCUCUGCAGACGACCUAAGAAUAAAUCUAUGGCACUUGGAAAUCACAGACAGAAGUUUCAAUAUUGUAGACAUAAAGCCCGCCAACAUGGAGGAGCUGACAGAAGUAAUCACAGCAGCUGAGUGCCAUCCACAUCAAUGCAAUGUAUUUGUGUACAGCAGUAGCAAAGGCACCAUCCGCCUGUGUGACAUGCGAGCAGCGGCGCUCUGCGACCGGCACUCAAAGUUCUUUGAGGAGCCCGAGGAUCCCAGCAGCCGAUCCUUCUUCUCGGAGAUCAUCUCCUCCAUCUCGGACGUGAAGUUUAGUCACAGCGGGCGCUACAUGAUGACACGUGACUACCUCUCGGUUAAAGUUUGGGACCUCAACAUGGAGAACAGGCCAGUGGAGACGUAUCAGGUCCACGAGUACCUUCGAAGCAAGCUCUGCUCCCUCUAUGAGAACGACUGCAUAUUUGACAAGUUCGAGUGCUGCUGGAAUGGCAGUGACAGUGCCAUCAUGACCGGCUCCUACAACAACUUCUUCCGAAUGUUCGACCGCAACACCAGGCGGGACAUCACACUGGAGGCCUCCCGGGAGAGCAGCAAACCCCGGGCCACGCUCAAGCCCCGCAAGGUGUCCACCGGCGGCAAGAGGAAGAAGGACGAAAUCAGCGUGGACAGCCUGGACUUCAACAAGAAGAUCCUCCACACUGCCUGGCACCCCAAAGAUAACGUGAUAGCCGUGGCAGCCACCAACAACUUGUACAUUUUCCAGGACAAAAUCAACUAGAAGAUCUGGGGGCUCAGAGGAUAGGGCUUUUACCGUACCUGUGUAGUUAAGCCUACUACUUGUCUAUCUGUAUAAGAAGAAAACAGCCUUGUUGUCCUCCUGGUGAAGAAUUCGAAAGCACGUGUCUACUUUUUUUGCCACAGGAGGUCGAUCCACGGGCCUGUUUUAAUUUUAGGUUGUUUUUGCCUUUUGGCAUCAAGGGCAAUCAACGCGCCCCUACAUGACCCAGAAAGUACGAUCUGGGUCCAAUUGACGGACUUGGCACUCCCUCGAGGUCGAACUCUGAACGUUGGUGUUUGUGUUGACAUUUUUAAGCCUUCAUUUCAGAACUCUUUAAAAGCCCCUCCCACCCACCCCCCUGAAAAAUUGACGUCUUGUCAAAUUUUUUAAAGCUAUCGAAGCCCGGAUUACUGGCCAAAAAGCACCCGCAACAUUCCCCCUCUGGCCAUGGAUUCAACUGGUGGAAGAGGCUGUGAAAUUGAGAAGUGGACUUCUUUUUUCUCUCCCUCCAUCCUCUGUUACUUUCCCCACCCACCCCUUUCCUAAAUCCUCCCCUCCCGGUGACAUAAUUUCACUGACUGUAUCUACUCAAGUACACCUUGUCAUCCACAUAAUAAAAGAAACUAAAACUACAGAUGUGUUUUUAAAUUUUAGAAGUAUUGCUUUGCAUGUUUUACGUUGUAGAGAGGUGGAGAAAAUGUCCAGUCACACCACUGUCUGUCAAGCGGAGCUCAAGCAAUCCUGUCCCAUUCCAGGACACACUGUUGGGACGUUUCACUUUCCUUUUUUUUUUUUUUUUUUUGUAAGAACGCAGGUUGGAAAAUGGAGCGCAGGACUAAGGGAAUCUGCAGCCUUAAUUCCUACUUCUAACAGCUACAAUUUAUGUCCCCAAACCUCAUGUGCAUUAUUUGUAAAUCCUAUUUUCUAGAGUCCUCGUAUACUGCUGCUACACGUGGCUGUCUAUUAAAGAAUUACACAUUAAGGAGGAAUAAUUGCACACCAUACAGUUUAUGUGAGAGAGUGCCUCCGGAAAAAAUCACCAAGGACAUUCAGACAUGUGCCCUUAUUCAUCCAUUAGGCAUAACACUUUUGGAUAUUAUUUCCGUAGUUGUGAAUGCAGAAAAGAAAACGACCAUUAAAUAGCAAACCGAAACACAUUGUCUUUGUCCAUUGGUUCCCAACAUGGUGGCAAUGUAUUCACUUGUUUGAUUAUUU